CCGCGAUGCCGUCGGACCUGGCCAAGAAGAAGGCGGCCAAGAAGAAGGAGGCGGCCAAGGCCCGGCAGCGGCCCAAGCGCGGCCCCGACGACAACAGCGAGGCCGAGAUGGAGCUCAAGCGCGACGCCGCCGACGCUUCCCCACCGGCGGCGGCGGCGGCAGAGGUGGACGCGGCGGCGCGGGCCCUGGAGGAGUUCGAGCUGCGGAAGGCGGCGGCGCGGGCGGUGACGGGGGCGCUGGCCUCCCACCCCAACAGCACCGACGUCCACAUCAUCAGCCUCUCGCUCACCUUCCACGGGCAGGAGCUGCUCAGCGACACCACGCUGGAGCUCAACUCCGGACGGCGCUACGGCCUCAUCGGCCUCAACGGCACCGGAAAGUCCAUGUUGCUGUCUGCCAUUGGGAAGCGGGAGGUGCCCAUCCCAGAGCACAUAGACAUCUACCACCUGACGCGGGAGAUGCCGCCCAGUGAGAAGACGCCGCUGCAGUGCGUCAUGGAGGUGGACACGGAAAGAGCCAUGCUAGAGCGGGAAGCCGAGCGGCUUGCUCACGAGGAUGCCGAAUGUGAGAAGCUGAUGGAGCUCUACGAGCGGCUGGAAGAGCUUGACGCGGACAAGGCUGAGACGCGCGCCUCCCGGAUCCUCCACGGCCUGGGCUUCACCCCCCUCAUGCAAAGGAAGAAGCUGAAGGACUUCAGUGGGGGCUGGCGGAUGCGGGUGGCUCUUGCCAGGGCUUUGUUCAUCCGGCCAUUCAUGCUGCUUCUGGACGAGCCCACAAACCACCUGGACCUGGAUGCCUGCGUGUGGCUGGAGGAGGAGCUGAAGACGUUCAAGCGCAUCCUCGUGUUGAUCUCUCACUCCCAGGACUUCCUCAACGGGGUCUGCACCAACAUAAUUCACAUGCACAACCGCAAACUCAAGUACUACACGGGCAACUACGACCAGUACGUCAAGACCCGCCUAGAGCUGGAGGAGAACCAGAUGAAGAGGUUCCACUGGGAGCAGGAUCAGAUUGCCCACAUGAAGAACUACAUUGCGCGCUUUGGUCACGGCAGCGCCAAGUUAGCCCGCCAGGCACAGAGCAAGGAGAAGACGCUCCAGAAGAUGAUGGCGUCAGGGCUGACGGAACGGGUGAUCAGCGAUAAGACGCUUUCAUUUUACUUCCCUUCCUGUGGGAAGAUCCCCCCACCUGUCAUCAUGGUGCAGAACGUGAGCUUCCAGUACACCAAGAAUGGGCCCUGGAUUUACACCAACCUGGAGUUUGGGAUUGAUUUGGAUACACGGGUGGCGCUGGUGGGGCCGAAUGGAGCCGGAAAGUCCACUCUGCUCAAGCUCCUCACGGGUGAGCUCCUGCCCACUGACGGGAUGAUCCGCAAACACUCGCACGUCAAGAUUGGCAGAUACCACCAGCACUUGCAAGAGCAGCUGGACCUGGAUCUUUCCCCCCUGGAGUACAUGAUGAAGUGCUACCCAGAGAUCAAGGAGAAAGAGGAGAUGCGCAAGAUCAUUGGCCGCUACGGGCUGACAGGGAAGCAGCAGGUCAGCCCAAUCCGGAACCUGUCGGACGGGCAGAAGUGCCGCGUGUGCUUCGCGUGGCUGGCCUGGCAGACCCCACACAUGCUCUUCCUGGACGAGCCCACCAACCACCUGGACAUCGAGACCAUCGACGCCCUGGCAGACGCCAUCAGUGACUUCGAGGGGGGCAUGAUGCUCGUCAGCCAUGACUUCCGGCUCAUCCAGCAGGUGGCCCAAGAAAUCUGGGUGUGCGAGAAGCAGACGAUCACCAAGUGGCCGGGCGACAUCCUCUCCUACAAGGAGCACCUGAAGUCCAAACUGGCUGGGGAGGAGCCACAGCUAACCAAGAGGACCCACAAUGUGUGAGUGUGGCCGGCCCGGCCAGGGCCGUCGCUGGAGACGGGGGCCAGCCCCUGGCCCGGCU